UCCGGCCUGCGCACUCAGCCCCGCCUUGCGUCACGUCCUGUCUGGGAGUUACCGCCCACUCGCCCCGGCGCCCUUGGCUCCAGGCCGCUCUUGGGAUCGGAUGCUGCGAAUGGUGUCGGCUGUACCUUCAUGGCCCAGAUUCAGCCUCACAGUAUGUAAGGAGAAGUCAGAGAAUCCUAUAAAUGUAUUGCUUAAGGGAAGGGGUUGGUGUCCUGAUUUCUCACCUUCCUCAGGCUGGGCUUCAUCACCAGGCCUCCUCACCAACUCCUGUCCCUUCUUCUGUGUCCCGGACUCCGGAUACUUCGACAGUCAGUACAUUGUGCUCAGCCCAGGCCCAGAGCCAUGGCUAGCUCUUCUUCCUGGGAACUGCCCCUGGUCGCUGUGUGCCAGGUAACAUCGACACCAGACAAGCAACAGAACUUUAAAACGUGUGCUGAGCUGGUUCGAGAAGCUGCCAGACUGGGUGCUUGCCUAGCUUUCCUGCCUGAGGCAUUUGACUUCAUUGCACGGGACCCUGCGGAGACGCUGUACCUGUCUGAGCCACUGGGUGGGAACCUUUUGGGAGAAUAUACCCAGCUUGCCAGGGAAUGUGGACUCUGGCUGUCCUUGGGUGGUUUCCAUGAGCGUGGCCAAGACUGGGAGCAGACUCAGAAAAUCUACAAUUGUCAUGUGAUUCUGAACAGCAAGGGAUCAGUAGUGGCCACUUACAGGAAGACGCAUCUGUGUGAUGUAGAAAUUCCAGGGCAGGGGCCUAUGCGUGAAAGCAACUCUACCAUGCCCGGGCCCAGUCUUGAGUCACCUGUCGACACACCGGCAGGCAAGAUUGGUCUAGCUGUCUGCUAUGACAUGCGGUUCCCUGAACUCUCUCUGGCAUUGGCUCAGGCUGGAGCAGAAAUACUUACCUACCCUUCAGCUUUUGGAUCUGUUACAGGCCCAGCCCACUGGGAGGUGUUAUUGCGGGCCCGUGCCAUUGAAACUCAGUGCUAUGUAGUGGCAGCAGCACAGUGUGGACGGCACCAUGAGAAGAGAGCAAGUUAUGGCCACAGCAUGGUGGUAGACCCCUGGGGAACAGUGGUGGCCCGCUGCUCUGAGGGACCAGGUCUCUGCCUUGCCCGGAUCGACCUCAACUAUCUCCGACAGUUGCGCCAACACCUGCCUGUAUUCCAGCACCGCAGACCUGAUCUCUAUGGCAAUCUGGGUCAUCCGCUGUCUUAAGACUUUGACUUCUGUGAGUUGAGACACCCAUUGUGAGCUGGUGCUGCUGUGACUUGUAGGCAGGACGCAGGCACAGCUCCCCUCACUUGGAGAACCUUGACUCUUUUGAUGGAACACAGGCUCAGCUUACUGGGAAAGAAGAAACUUUCACCUGAGCUCAGAUUUCAGUUUCAGAAAGAUGGAAUUUUAUACAGUCAUUGUUUAUUUCAUGAAAACUGAAGUUAUGCUGAGGGCUGAGCAGCACUGGCAUUGAAAAAAAUAUAAUAAUCAUAAAGUCUGUGCCUGGACAUCUUUGGGAGCUGGAAGGGGAGGUGGUAUUGUACCAGCUGGACUAGGUUCCACUUCUAGGCCUCCUGGCUCAUUCAACAUGCCUCCCUACCUAAAUAAAAGUGCAACACUCA